AGAAGGAGACGCUCGGGUAGGAAAUUGGCUGGAGGGAGGCUCCGGUCCGGGAGUGAAACUGGACAUUAUCAUCAUGAACCGCGUUAUGAUUUUGAAGAAGCGGUGUUUUUAUAGACGGUGAGCGUCGACGCGGCGUCUGCGGAGUGGUUCCGGUGACGCUCACGGCUCUGGGACACGAUCCAACCCGCUUGCGUUCGGCUCGGAGCGGUGCCAGACGCACACCGACGACCGUUAGUUUUUUCUUCUUCGCCGCCAGAAUGCCGCGGGACAACAAAACUGCUCUCAUCCAGAAAAUAGCGAAGCAGGCCUGUGUCACGUUCCGAGGCCUCCGCAAGUCGAGUCCGGAGGCCAACGGAGGCAACGAACCCGCCGGGGUGAACGACCAGGGCGAACUGAUCUCCUUGGUGACCGCGGUCAGGGCGGCAGACCUGAAAAUCGCUCCCCGGAAAAGCAGAUCGGGCUCCGGGGCAGCGCCCGUCACCUACAUGCACAUCUGCGAGACGGACGUGUUCAGCAUGGGGGUGUUCCUGCUGCGGAGCGGCGCGUCCAUACCGCUGCACGACCACCCGGGCAUGAACGGGAUGCUCAAGGUGCUCUACGGCAAGGUGAGGGUCCGCUGCUUCGACAAGCUCGAGGGCAACGCGGCCGACGGGGUCCUGCCGCCGUUCGACCCCCCGCUGGGCCCCCCGCAGGCGGCCUCCGUGUGGCGCGCCGCGCUGCACUCGGUCGCCGUGCACGGCGAGUCCGGCGGGCCGUGCCUCCUCACGCCGGUGCGGGACAACCUGCACCACAUCGAGGCCGUGGACGGGCCCGCGGCGUUCCUGGACAUCCUGGCGCCGCCGUACAACCCCGACGACGGACGGGACUGUCACUAUUACAAAGUCCUGCGGACGGCGGCGGGCGGGGACACGGGGGGCGGGAGGACGGGAGAGGGGGAGGAGGGGGAGGAGGAGGCCUGGCUGCUGGAGAUCCCUCAGCCGGAGGACUUCUGGUGCGGCGGGGAGCCCUACCCAGGCCCCGCGGUCUCCGUCUGAAUCAUCAUCACCCGUCAGACGGGAACCACAGGACGGCCACGCCGUCGGCCAUUGUUUCCUGAAACGCGCUGGACUGGAACGGACUGAGUCCCUCGGUGGAGCUCGUUCCGGCAGGGGGCGGAGCGGCACUGCGCCUGCCUCGCGCUGACAUCAAGCGACCUUUCCUCACGUGACGCACGUGAGCGUCGCUGGCCACACGCUCUGAGGAAGGUGUGCGUCGCUAGGGUCGCCGCGUGUCGCACGUCUCGCCGCCGACCUCCUCGACCGUGCGACUGCGGUCAAAGCUGCCUUAUUUGAGACGAUUGAACGUAAAUCUUAAUAGUGCCAUCACGAUAUCACACGCUCACUUUCUCCUCCAAAGUGCACACGCUACAUUAUAUUCACUUUAAGCGACAGGCUGGAACCUUUAGACUCAGUCUGGGAGCUAUAGUCUUUAGAAAAUCCCACAUUUUUAAGAAAGAAAGCUUCUUGGGAAGGUUUAAGCUUGAGGAGCACUGCGUCUAUGUUUGUGUUACUGUGUCCACGUCUGGAUGCUCUGGCCUAUGUCAGACCUCAGACAGGUCUAUGUGCCCCUGAGACUUUGUAAUUCCAGCGAUGAAUGUAUGUGGAACAAUAAAUACAUGAGAAACAUC